AGCCGCAUCACAGGCAAAGGUUCAUUCACAACUGCGUAUUUGCUACGACAAGACGUCCUAGUACGUUUCUCGUAGAGCCUUACAGUAUCUCGUAAUAUUUGCUUGAGUUAAGUUGUGUAUAGAGUAGGUGAGUCAGUAUGCCCGCAGUAUUGUCCAAGCUGCCUGACUGGGAAGGCGUCAGAUAUAUGAUCAGGAACAUCUAUCCCCCCCAUGGGGGAGUUUGCAGAGGCUGCAAGCGCCAGUUUUCCCUCUAUGAUGUAAGUGUGACUCUUAUUAGUUGUGUAGAACUUGGUAUGUUUUUAAUUACAUGUACAUGUUACUUAAGACUCCAGGAAGUGAACACACAGCACUAUCAUGCAGUCUGCCCGAGCUGCUACAGGACCCACUGGUGCCUCAGGGAUGACUGCACCUUAUGCGUAAACUCCCUGGGGCGCCCGUGGGUCAAGAAGGCCAAACCAGCUGCUCCAAUCGAUCCCAAAACUUCAAAAAGACAAAAAAAGAACAAAAGAAAAAUUAAAGAGAAGAACAGUGGACAGAGAGCCAGUGGUGAGAAGGAAGAGGACGGUGUUGAGAAGGAAGAGGACGGUGUUGAGAAGGAAGAGGACGGUGGUGAGAAGGAAGAGGACGGUGGUGUGAAGGAAGAGGAUGGUGGUGUGAAGGAAGAGGACGGUGGUGAGAAGGAAGAGGACGGUGGUGUGAAGGAAGAGGACGGUGGUGUGAAGGAAGAGGACGGUGGUGUGAAGGAAGAGGACGGUGGUGUGAAGGAAGAGGACGGUGGUGAGAAGGAAGAGGACGGUGGUGUGAAGGAAGAGGACGGUGGUGAGAAGGAAGACGGUGGUGUGAAGGAAGAGGACGGUGGUGUGAAGGAAGAGGACGGUGGUGUGAAGGAAGAGGACGGUGGUGUGAAGGAAGAGGACGGUGGUGAGAAGGAAGAGGACGGUGGUGUGAAGGAAGAGGACGGUGUUGAGAAGGAAGAGGACGGUGGUGUGAAGGAAGAGGACGGUGGUAGGACGGUGGUGUGA